AUGGAGAACCCACCUGUUAACGGUGAUUCUAAAGUUGUAUAUGACGAGAAAGAUGUCUACGAGCUCCAUUUCCCCGAUGGAACUUCCAAAUCCAUGAUAUCCAUUGACAACACACAUUUUAGUAUGGAUUUUCUGCUGGAAAAUAAAACACCUAGCCUGAUACCUUCAAUAACAAACUCGACUAAACUCCCUUGUCGAGAUGAUGAUAUCUUUAUUUGUGCAUUCAUGAAAGCAGCUACAUUGUUUCAUAACUGGUUUGACUACACCACUGCCUGGGAAACCGCCCUGUCCAGUACAUUCAAAGAUGUUCCUGUAUUACAGCUUUAUUAUGAAGAUUUAAAGAGAGAUGGUGUAACAAAUAUUAAGCGGAUUGCAGAAUUUCUAGAACUAGACUGUGACGAUGACUUCGUGUGCAAGGUUAACACGUGUUGUGGAUUCGAAAAUAUGAGAAAUCAAAAACUUGCCUUGGCUGAAGUUAAAAAGGAUCGGACGCAGACAGUAAUGUAUCGAAAAGGUCAAAUUGGAGAUUGGAAAAAUUGGUUUAAAGUAGCAGAAAGCGAGGAAUUCGACAGAGUUUUAGGUCAGCGAAUGAAAGAUUCAAAGUUCCGAUACACAUGGGAAUGA